GUGGUAGUGGUAAGGUCAGUAAAAUAAAAGAAAAAGAAGAAAAGUUGAGGUUAAACGUUUAAAAACAGGAAAGUAAAAACCUUUCUUUAUUCGUAAUUCCUAUUCAAUCGAACAACUCUUAAGUGGAUUCCUAUUCAAUUCUUAAAAAUAUUAAUCGUCUUUUAUUAAUAGGAGGUAAUAUAAUUCAAAAAUGAAACUUCUUACUCACAAUAUGCUUACCUCAAAAUGUAUGAAGGGAGUAAGUGUUGGAUACCCUUUAAAAAUAAAUGCACAAGAGGUAAAAGUAUCUGAAGUAGAAUUUAAUCCAGAGUUUGUAUCAAACAUGAUUCCCAGAUUAGAUUGGCCUGUAUUGUAUGAAGCAGCUAAAAGUGUGGGAAAACUGGAAGAUCUUCCUGAACAAAUAAUAGAAAAUUUCAAAGAUGAUGAAGAUUUUUUAAAAAAGGUCCAUAAAGUUCUUCUGGAAGUAGAUAUUGUCAGUGGAGAAAUGAUAUGUCCGGAAACAGGUCGGAAGUUUCCUAUUAAUAAUGGUAUUCCAAAUAUGCUUCUGAAUGAGGAUGAAAUUUAGUUAUAUAUUAUUUUAAUAUUUUUUAUAAUGCAUAUUUUUAUAAUUUUAUCAAUUAAAUUAUUACUUCAUCAUG